CCUUUCCUCUUCACUUUUACACUCUUUCUCUCUCUCUCUCUCUCUCUCGUCUCUUCAUCACAUCACAAUACCAGACAUGAAAACCAUACCCGCUUUUCUCCUAGCGGUUUUUCUGGCCACCGCCACCCUCUCCGCCGCUGUUCGCCCUGAAUCCGGUGGGACUCUCCAUGCUGAGCUAACGAACGCCAGAGGAAAGGGCAACGCCAACAAUCACAAGGGUGGUGGAGGCAACAACAAUGGGAUGGGCGGUUUCUUUGGGCCUGGUGGUGGUUUCGGGAUACCUGGAUUCGGCAACGGCAAUGGUUGGGGUAACGGUAUCAUAGGUGGGGGUUACGGUGCAGGUUUCGGAGGUCCAGGUGGAGGCUAUUCCAAAGGCGGGAUCAUAAGGCCGACGGUGGUGUGCAAUGAUCGUGGCCCGUGUUACAAGAAAAAGCUCACCUGUCCCGCUAAAUGCUUCACUUCCUACAGCCAUUCUGGAAAGAACUACGGUUCUGGUGGUGGUGGUGGCGGUUGCACCAUCGACUGCAAGAAGAAAUGUGUUGCUUACUGUUAGAUGUUUAACGACGGUGGCGGUUUUCCGGUUGCCGGUAAACCGGGUAAGCUGUUGUUCUCUGUUUUUCCUUUCUUGUUUCUAGCAUGGUAGAAGGGUGUUUUAAAGGAUGGAUGGCAUAUGGACACUUUUUUAAUAUAUAUAUAUAUAUAUAUUCUAUAUUAUUGUGGCUAUAGUUGUUCAGUUGUUGAGUGAGUACUGAGUAUGCUUCUGGAUGUAUUCUUAGAUGAUAUUCUCUCAUCUCAAGAGGGAUGUAUGCGAGAUUAUAUAGGAUUUGGCUAACUUCUAUCUGUA